GUACCACAGAGAUUCCUAGUGACUGGUGAGUAAGGCUGCUGGAUGUGAAAAUUCUAAUAUUUAAACCUCUUUCAUUUGCUGAGAUUUGUAUGAAAAAAAUUAAGUUCUAGUUUACUUUUAAAUCAGCAUGAUGACUAAGAUAUUGCAAGGAAGAAACUGCAGUUCUGCUUUUAGAGGAAAGCCCCAUUUGAGAACACGGAUGGGAGGAGAUUCACUUUUGUUUAUUCUUCUGCAGUGUGAGCCCUCUACACACCACUUCUGAAAUUAUCGUAUGACUAUAACCAGGAUUAUGUUAUUCGUUACCUUUAGAAAUACUUUCUUUUCUUAGCAUUUUGGAAGAUUUCAACGUCUAGAUCUUCAGUAUCCUGCACUUUUACUGAUUUACCUUCCUUUUCAAGCAUAACAGCAACUACUUCCACAUUGCUAUAAAUCUCAAGAUCCAGACAUCCUGCUGAAGAGAUUUCUAAGAAGGUUCGCCUAUUAUUUGAAAGAUGGCAGAUAGUUUCAAGGAAAUUGUUUUGCUGGGAGGCUUACAUCGUAUGAGUGACUAUAAUUUUCGAAUAGUAAAAUCCUUACUAUCUGAAGAGUUAAACCUUAAAGGAAGGGAGCAUGCACAAUAUGACAGAAUUAGUUUUACUGACCUGAUGGUUGAAAAGUUCAAAAAUGAUGCAGGACUGGAAAAACUGAUAACAAUUUGCAAAAAGAUACCAGAUUUAGAAAGUACUGCUGACCAUCUCAGAAAAGAGAAGGCAAAAUUAUUAAAUAAGAAAAGUCAAAGUCACAAUGAAUCUGCUACUGGUCAAAAUAUACUCACCAUGGAUGAAGAUUUGCAAUUGGAAUCAGAGAUGGAUAUGCCCAUGUCAAAUGAAAAUUCAACUGAGAAUACAGAUGACUUGGAAAGAACCACACCAGAGCAGGAAAUGGACUUGUUAACAGAAGAUUUUGAUACCAAUCUAGAUCUACAAAGCCCCCUCCAGAAUUUUCCUACUUCUUUCAGAAUCUCAUCAACCAAGAAGCCAAAAAUGAAGCAUGUACCCUACGAACCUUCUGAAGAAAAUGGUUACCAGACAGAAUGCAAAGAAAUAGUGGUGCUGAAAGUGACAGAACCAUUUAUAUAUGAUGUUAAAGAACCACAGAAAGUGAUUAUUCAUGCCACAGUGGCUACAGAGGAGGAAUUCUUUCGAGUGAAAAUUUUUGACAUGGCAUUUAAGGACAUGUUCAUCCCCAAAAAUGUCCUCUCCAUAUCACAUUAUGUUGGUCAAGAUGGAUUCCUGGAGAUAAGCAAUAUCUCAACUGUGUCUUUCAUACGUGCUGAACAAGGAUGGAACAUCUCCAGUACUCUGGUCCAACGUGCAAAUGCAACUCCUAAAAUCGAACAUAUUCUCUCGCUAAGUGAAGGCAAACAUGUGAAUGGGAGCUUCACAGUGCUUAAGAAAACUGUGAGGGGAGAAUGCAUUUUUUAUGAAAUACAAGAUAAUACAGGAAAGAUGGAAGUCAUGGUUUGUGGACGACUGGCGAGUAUCUACUGUGAGGAAGGAGAUAAACUUUACCUGACUGGCUUUGCUGUAUCCUCAAGUGAGGGUGGCUGCCAGCUGAGAUCUGUACUCCAUAGUCAUCUCAGGGUCAUCAAACCCCAGAAAUCAAAUGAUGAAACCACUCAACCCUGAUUCAAAUGUUUAAAUUUACUGAAGUCCUGAAAGCCUGGAUUCUGCUGUUAAUGAUGCUGCUGGAGAUAAAAUGCAAGUUUAAGAAGAAAUUAUAUAAGAUCCAAGAUUAAGAAAAAAUGUAUAAGAUACAAGUUUAGGAAGAAAGUAUAUAAAUAAACAAGCUCUAAGCUGAUUAUCAUGGUUUUAUUAUUGAAAUAUCAGCAUUUGGGGAAGUCAAUGCUGAAUGGUCAGAAUUUUAAACCCAGAGAAGUGUCUUGCUAAGUUAGAGACUCAGAAUAUCCUGUCUCAAAAACAACAACAACAACAAAACCCUGAGUCAAUUCAUAGUACAACAACAAAAACCAG